GGCCAGUGGGUGCUAUAGAGUCACAGAGGAAGGCCAAGGAGGACCUACAUAGGAAAUAGGAUGGUCAGAGACUGCGAACACAGUACAGGAGACGGUCAGAGACUGCGGACACAGUACAGGGGAUGACCAGAGACUGCGGACAGUACAGGAGAUGACCAGAGACUGCAGACACAGUGCAGGAGAUGACCAGAGACUGCGGACACAGUACAGGAGACGGUCAGAGACUGCGGACACAGUACAGGAGACGGUCAGAGAGACUGCGGACACAGUACAGGAGACGGUC